GCCUUGAAAUUUAAGAAGGCCUUUGCUACAAUGGCGGAGGAUGAAGCAAGUCCUUUUUUGGCUUACUUUAAGGAAGUUGAAGAUGAAAAAGAUGAAGAUGGUGUAAUUAUUGUUUGCCAAACCAAGGGGAGGAAAAGGGUUGGACCACCAACGGAAGAAGAUUGGUCCAAGGCGGAGGUUUUUGUCAAGUUUUUACGGGUGUUUUAUGAUGUGACUUUGAGGGUGAGUGCUUCUACACAUCCCACGGUUCAUACCGGCCUCCAUGAUGUCAUAAAAGUGGAGACCGCCAUCAAUAACUUGGAAUCCCGAGCCAACAUGCAAGUGGGUUUACUGUCGGAGCAAUUAUUGAAGGCAAUGGCAUCCGAUAUGAGAUCAAAAUAUGAAAAAUAUUUUGACUCAUACCAUGAAUUGAACCCUCUUAUUGUGAUUGGACUUGUUUUAGAUCCGAGGUUCAAGUUGAGGCAUGUCACACAACUCUUUAGAAAGAAACUUUCCGACAUUGAGGCACAAUUGAAAAAUAAAGAAAUAAAAAAUAUAUUGCGUGCCCUUUAUGAUGAAUAUGUUCCUAAUGUUGAAGGUGGAAAAUACAUGAAGAAAUCGGAAAGUUUACAAUCACAACCUUCUUCUACCUCAUCUAAUGUGGCUAUGACGGAAGAUGAUCUAAUUGAUGAAUGGAUGCAUUUUGUUGAAGAUAGUGAUGAGAAAGUGGUGGGAGAUGAGGUGGAUUCUUAUUUGUUUGAUCCCUUGGUACAAAUUACAAAAGAGGAGUCCACAAAAUAUUUUAACAUUCUCCUAUGGUGGAAGGUGAAUGGUAACAAGUAUCCUAUCUUGGCCGCAAUUGCAAAAGAUAUUCUUGCAAUUCAAGUUUCGACCGUGGCAUCGGAGAGUGCUUUUAGCACCGGUGGUCGAGUGAUUUCGGAUUUUAGGAGUUCUUUAACUCCUAAAUCGGUGGAGGCCUUGAUAUGCAUGCAAAAUUGGUUGAGGGGUGAUAAUAUUAUUACUUUGGAGGAUGAUGCACCUUCAAUUGACCACAUUGAGUUCUAUGAAAGUAUUGAAUCCGAGUUGGCCAAAUCGACUUCAAGCAUUGCCUCUCUUACUCUUGAUCAAGAACCACAACAAGCUCCAAAGCAAUCUGAAGGUUCUAAUUCACAAGAGCCUCCCCUUAUGCGUUUACAAAGUGCAAGGUCUUCACAAGCUCAAAGGCCUCCUAAACCUUCAAAGAAUAAGUGUCCAAAAGGAAAAGGAAAGGUAAAGGUUUGAAACUUGAACGAUGCAAAGUAAGUUGAAAACCAAGAUUUUGUUGAAUUUCAUGAACCAUUUAUUUUUUUGGUUGUAUUAAUGCCAUAAGGCAUUUGACAUUGAACUUUGUUUGAAACUUUGAAGUUUGAACUUUAGUUGUAUUAUGGCAAACUUAACUUUUCAAUUGGGUUGUAGUAAACUAUUGUGAUUGAUUGGUGAUCAAGUUGAAUUUUAGUAGAUGUGAAUUAUGUGA